AUGAUAUCAUCCAGUGCGAGGGCCUCGCGGUCGGCCUCGCGAUAUUCGAGUCCUGCGCAACCAAAUGGAGGCACCGUGAGCAAGCCAUUGGAGGUGUCACGGAGUUCCGCAAAUGAGGCAUCGCGAUCCUUUAUGCAGCGAUGGCUGGAACCCUCUGUACAGAGCAAGCCGAGCUUCGAGGAGGCUGGAUUGUUGCGUGGCGGAGUUUUGGAAAAUAUGGCCCCCCUAGGAGCAUUGCCCAAGGCGAAGAAGACAAGCGGGGAGAAUGGGAUGCCGACGAGGAAAAUCAUACUGAAGACUUCCACUACGCACCCGCCAAAGAAGCCGCCGGGACGAGAAACUCCAGCUCACGACGACAGUGAUGUUGUUGCGGCCGCGUCUCCGGCCGUGUCACCGCCAGUCUCCCCCUUGUUCCCUCCCGCGCCUGCCAGCAAAAGGAAGUCGCUGGUUGCAAGAACAAAGGACGACGAGGCAGACGACGAGGAGUAUGAUCCAAGAGGCGAUGCCCGUCGCAGGCGCUCGCGCAGAGUGUCGUUACCUGCGCAGAGGACCGUGGCGGCGGCGGUACCGCCAACAACAACAAUCACUACUGCGGCACAAGCACCAUCGCCUGCGCGGGAACGCAGGAGCUCUACAAGCAUUGUGCUAAAGCCCGCAACUCCAGUCAAGCGUCACUCUCGAAGUGAAGCCGGAAAGCAAGGACUCACGGACAAGGUGGUCGAGGCAGCUGUAGACGAAGCGCUGAAGCAUUAUCGCUACCCAACUGCUUGGGCUCUCAAGACGCUCUACGAGGAGAAGAGCGGGGACCGGGACUUUGUGGCCAUGAUUCAGGAUGUUUUCAGUCAGACUGCUGAUGAGGAAACCAUGGACGAGUUUUACAGGCAGAUUGAGGAAAGAAAGCGCCAAGGAAAGAAGGACAAUCGGGGGUGCUACUUCUUUGUGCCUCCUGCCACCAACAGCAGGUUCACGCCGCACAAAGCGAUGGCUGCGCCGUAUGCGCAUCUCAUCCACGAGCCGGAGGGGCUGCCUCGGGAGAGCAUGACACGAGCGGCCAAGAAGGCCAAAACCUCACAUGGCGGUGCCGGCCCUGGGACGUCCAACGCUGCUACGCCAGGAAGAAAAGGGACAGCAGCAGCAGGAGCAGCAGCAGGAGCAGCAGCAGGAGCCGUCGGCACUGGGCAGACGGACAAGGCGACUACGAAAAUCAUCAGGGUGAAGACGCCGGCAUCGCGGAAACGCGCGCGACGAGACUCGGGGUCCAGCGACUCAUCACUCUCGACGGCGAUAAGCAUGUCGUCGCCCGAGGUGAGGGUCAGCAGCCUCAACAGCCCCAGCGCGUUUCGAGGGGCAGCAGCAGCAGCAGCACCAGGCCGGGGAGCCGUACGAGGAGACGAAGCCGUCGAACGAGGAGGGCGAGGAGCUCGACGAGGAAGCGUGGCCGUUGCCAGCACCGCCGUCCCCCCCCCCGCCAUGCCCACCACGACGCCAACCACCAAGGGCACCACCAAGGGCACUGGGGCCAAGUCCCAGACUGCGCCAAAAUCCCAGCCAAUCACCACCCGCGGCAAAUCUGUCGCCUCCAGCAAACAGCUCGUGUCCAACUCAUCCCGACCAAACUCUCCCACCCUUCCCAACACAAGUCGCACGCGCCCUCACAAAUCCUCGUCCUACCUUGCUGAUGAUGCCAGCAUGCCUGGCCGGGUCUCCGCUGCAGAGCUCUUCCCCAACCUCAAGGUCAAGUCGGCAGAAAAACCAGCCGUUUCACCAGCCAAGGACGCCGAGAUUGACGCCCUUGACGCCCCGGCUCCUAUGCCAGAGGAGGAGGAGGAAUCAUUUUGGGACCGCCGACGGACUGCGCGGAGGGUCACGAACAACCUCAGCCCCCAUGAGAGCUCUAUCCGAGGCGGCCCUGCCGCAGACCGUGAGACGACGCCUGUGAAGACGACGAGGCGGACGCGCCAGUCCCUUGCCGCCUCUGUCACCACCAGGGCUACUCGCUCGGCCAGCAAGCGUCCAAACGACGACUUGGAGAGGACUGUUUCGCCUAUUGCUUUCUCCUUGCCGGGAGAUGGAAGUUCUGCGGUGGGAUCCCGGGCCGCUACACCCACGUCGCUACGGCCAGCCAAGAAGCAGAAGACGGGGUUGCGCGUCAAGACAUCGCCGGUCAAGAAGAAGGGCGGCGCCGCAGGUGUGCCGCGGCCAUCUCAUGAGCUAAAUUCUUCAUCACUCAACGGUAUCGCUCCGAAGGAUCCGAACGCCGACAAUGAUGAAUACUGCUCAGCAUGCGGAAACACGGGUGAUGUCGUGUGUUGCGAUGGCUGCCCACGGUCGUUCCACUUUGAGUGUGUCGACAUGGUGCAGUCGGAUGAUUUGCCUGACGAGUGGUAUUGCAAUGAGUGUCUCAUUCGACGAUACCCCUCGCGCGUACCCAUUCACAAAGGAAUCUUUGGGAGCGCGCUCAACAAUUUGGAGAAGAGCAUUCCCCGGGCAUUCAGUCUACCCAAGCGCGUGCAGAACCGCUUUGAAGGAGUAAAGGCCGGUGCUGAUGGUGACUAUGAGGAGGUGGUAAGCAACAGGACGGCGAGGAAGCGAAAUGGCACGGAUGAACCCGAUUUCUUCAAGCAGCGCGAAGACGGGCAGGCCGUAUUGUGCCAUUCCUGCCAGAAGCCAGCAACUCAGAUCAGGUCCAUCAUCCCUUGCAGCGUGUGCUCGUUUUAUUGGCACAUUGACUGUCUGGAUCCGCCUCUCGCCGUGCCACCUGUUCUCAAGACUUGGCGCUGUCCCGCCCACGUAGACGACAUCCUCAUUGACGUCCCUAGUCUCGCCCCGGCCCAUCGCUUCCGCAGGCUCAAGGGGAACCAGACAGUGACCCCUGCCUUUGGCCGUGGCCUCAAGAACAAUGGCCACAUUGAGAUUGACUGGACCGAUGAGCCCGACGAACCUGACGAGUCCGGCUGGCCCGACCAUCGCUCCUUUGGCCGGACAUACAAGCUUCCGGCCAAGGGCGUGAUUCUCGACUUUAUCCAACAGAUGAGGAAUCAGGGGGCUGGCUAUGGCACUCGACAGAACGAGUCCAAGCUCAUUCCUUAUCCUACUCCACCAAGCCAUGGCGACUCCACGAGCCCACUAGCUGGCUCUGCCUUGGAUCGCAAGAUGCAGGAGAUGCAAGUCUCUCUCAACUUGCUAGGUCUCCAGCAACAUCGAUCGGAUGGUGUAGACAAACUCACGGCUGCUCUUCUGACCGCCGCCGACGACAGUAUGCUCGCCCUCAUGGCCAAAAGCAACGCCGAUAACCUUGCCUCAGGCCAGCUUACCGCCGGGGACCGCCUCGGUCUCCGCGCCAUGCUCGCUCAAAUGGACGCUGUGGGCACUCGCAUCAGGCAACUUCUAGCAGAGGACAGUUCUACACCUGCACCGCAGCCCAUUAAAGCAGAGGCUAGUUCCCCCGUUAUUGCAUCGACAACUGGGCUCAACGACCCCCAUGCACAGAAGAUGGACCAUUGCAUGCCCGUCUCGGAACCAACACCGCCUUCCACCGUUGACCAUGGCGAAGGCACCAUGGAUCUCGAUUAG